GUGCAUGACGUAGGAAGAGACGCCAUUAGUACGGGUUGAGAGGGGAGAGGAGAGCGAACCAGCGAGCUGAGGGUGGGGGAAAUCACUUUGGUCUACAAGAGCUGGGCGACUGACAUUUGUUCCUAUUCUGAUUCGCAGGGGAUUCGUGUCCUUGACUAUUUCUUGAUUUCGAUUUGAGACAUCUAAUGUGAUUAGAGGGAGAUACUUCGACUGGGCUACUUCUAUUCAUAAUAAUAUUUAUUUCACCAUGGCGGCUGGCGGUGGAGCAGGCAACAAAACCUACUCUUUCAAGGUGGUUUUGUUGGGAGAGGGCUGUGUCGGAAAGACGUCGCUCGUGUUGCGGUAUUGUGAAAAUAAAUUCAACGACAAACACAUCACCACACUUCAGGCGUCCUUCCUCACGAAGAAGCUCAACAUCACAGGGAAGAGGGUGAAUCUGGCCAUAUGGGAUACAGCAGGUCAGGAGCGGUUCCACGCCUUAGGGCCAAUCUACUACAGAGACUCCAAUGGAGCUAUAUUGGUCUAUGACAUCACAGAUGAGGACUCUUUCCAGAAGGUGAAAAACUGGGUCAAAGAAUUGAGGAAAAUGUUGGGGAAUGAGAUCUGUUUAUGUAUAGUAGGUAAUAAAGUAGAUCUGGAGAAGGAGAGACAUGUAUCAGUGGAAGAGGCAGAAGGGUAUGCAGAGUCAGUGGGGGCAAAACACUAUCACACGUCAGCCAAACUAAACAAAGGAAUAGAAGAACUAUUUCUGGACCUGUGUAAAGUAAGAAUGAUGGAGACGGCCCAAGCGGAGGAGAGGGCGAAGGGUAACGGAGCCAGCCAGUCAACAUCAUCACGGAGGGGGGUACAGAUCGUGGACGACGAGCCCCAAGCCGCCACGGCCGCGGGGGGCUGCUGCUCAUCCGCUUAACCCCCCCACCUCCACGUCCCAACUUACCCCAUCCUCCCCCUUUCCAACCCCCCCCUUCAACAACCAGGACUGUUGCCUCUGCCCUCAGCCUCCCCUCUCAUCUCCCUCCUUAUGCCAUGAAGACUGCUAUUCCCCCUCUGAGUCCUCGUACACUUCACUCACUACACUUCUCCCUCUAUGGAACAAUGUGCUGCUUAGACACUAUUCUUUAUACAGUAAUAUUCAUUCAUUGGCACCACCUCCUGACCCAUUCAUAUGAGACUUCUGACACCCCCUCCUGACCAUCUAUAUGAGACUUCUGACACUCCCUCCUGACCAUCUAUAUGAGACUUCUGACACCCCCUCCUGACCAUCUAUAUGAGACUUCUGACACUCCCUCCUGACCAUCUAUAUGAGACUUCUGACACCCCCUCCUGACCACCUAUAUGAGACUUCUGACACCCCCUCCUGACCAUCUAUAUGAGACUUCUGACACCCCCUCCUGACCAUCUAUAUGAGACUUCUGACACCCCCUCCUGACCAUCUAUAUGAGACUUCUGACACCCCCUCCUGACCAUCUAUAUGAGACUUCUGACACUCCCCUCCUGACCAUCUAUAUGAGACUUCUGACACCCCCUCCUGACCACCUAUAUGAGACUUCUGACACCCCCUCCUGACCAUCUAUAUGAGACUUCUGACACUCCCUCCUGACCAUCUAUAUGAGACUUCUGACACCCCCUCCUGACCAUCUAUAUGAGACUUCUGACACCCCCUCCUGACCAUCUAUAUGAGACUUCUGACACUCCCUUCUGACCAUCCAUAUGAGACUUCUGACACCCCCUCCUGACCAUCUAUAUGAGACUUCUGACACUCCCUCCUGACCAUCUAUAUGAGACUUCUGACACCCCCUCCUGACCAUCUAUAUGAGACUUCUGACACCCCCUCCUGACCAUCUAUAUGAGACUUCUGACACCCCCUCCUGACCAUCUAUAUGAGACUUCUGACACCCCCUCCUGACCAUCUAUAUGAGACUUCUGACACCCCCUCCUGACCAUCUAUAUGAGACUUCUGACACCCCCUCCUGACCAUCUAUAUGAGACUUCUGACACCCCCCUCCUGACCAUCUAUAUGAGACUUCUGACACCCCCUCCUGACCAUCUAUGAGACUUCUGACACCCCCUCCUGACCAUCUAUAUGAGACUUCUGACACCACCUCCUGACCAUCCGUAUGAGACUUCUGACACCCCCUCCUGACCAUCCGUAUGAGUGAUGAAGAGGUGAAGAGAACAUGAAAGGAAGGUAUCCACCUCUCCUCUGUCUUUCUACAAGCUAGCAGAUGGACUUCCAACACACCGUCAUGAAAUACACGUAAACACACACACUGUCCCCACCUCUCCCAAAUGAACACACACAGACAGACAGUACUAAGUUAUAAAUGGGAAACACUCAUACCCCUGAUUUUGGGACUUUUUAUUUCUGCGAGGAUAAAUGUGCAUGUCGGGGUGAUCCGUCUCUGAAAGGCUUCGUUGGUUUGUCUUCUUUCUCUAAAGUAAAACAAAAACUCUUUAUUAUUAAUAACUAAAGUACAUGUUGUAUGGAAAUCUGUCCCUUUGUACUGAUUCUUCUGCUGUGGUGAAGUUGUGAUAGCUCUCUGGAUCCGUCGUCCAGCCCCUUUCUUGGACUGUAUCCAGCCCCUUUCUUGGACUGUAUUCAUGAAGCAUCUCGGUAGGAGUCCCACCUGUCUGUGUAACCUUGUUGAUUUAUGUUCUAAAAGACAAAAUCGAUCCUAGAUCAGCACUUCUACUCUGAGACCCUUUAUGAAUACAGGCAUUGGGCUUAAAAAAUAUAUAUAUAUAUGGCAGGUCUCUCUCCCCCCUCUCUCAUUCUCUCUCGUUCUUUCUCUCUGAUUUAAAAUGCAGAUUUUUGCACUGGCCCGUCAUUAUCAAUGCUUUUUGAUAUACUGCGUUUUUCUUCCUGUUUGCCGAGUUGCUCUGAAAAUGAAAUGACAAAAAAAAAAUACAUUGUAAAAAACAAAAACAAACGUAUGAUGAGUAUUAAAAACGUUGGAUAUUUUAUCUGCUUUUACAAGCUUUGGGAAAACAACGCGCAGGUGUAGAAAAGUGUACAAUAGUCUUGUUAAUGAUUGUAAAAUGAAAUAACAAUUGUGGGUGAAAGCACACUUUCUGGAAUUGUACUUUUUUUUAACUGCUAGUGUCAAGUGUUUUGUAAUAGAACAAUUAUAACUAUUUACAACGCA